GCGAAAACAUGGCGGCCAGCGAUUACUACAACCGUGUUACAGUGAUAACGUACCCUUGACGCAGAGCUAACGUGAUCUCAACGAUUAAUAAUAGCACAAGGAAUUCCGAUGGUUUAUAAAUACACCGCCACGUUCCUGGGUCAUUAACGCUGAAAGUGCAAGAUGGGAGUGCCCAUGGUCAACAGAUGCUGCUUCUGUGCCACUCUACAUACAGGGACCUUGAUUAUAGGAUAUGUUUAUACAGUAUGGGCACUAAUAGAGCUGACCAUAUACUGUCUACUGGUGACACUGGCACCUCUUGGCAAAGACGGGACGGUGUCGAUGCACAAAUAUGUGUUCUACGUGACUGCAGCCUGUGUUAGCGGGACACAUCUCAUCUGUUCUGUGCUCCUAGUAGUCGCCGCUUAUAAGAAACUGGCAUCACUAACAUUGCCGUGGACUAUAGUGACGGGUAUCAUCACGGCGAUAUACUUCCUGCUCUCCUUCACCGGCAUCAGCCUGGUGCUGCAGGAUGAGGGGGAGAUGCUCGAGGUGGAGUCCAUCGUCAUAUUUAUACACCUCGCCAGAUCAUUUAUCUCAGUGUAUUGCAUCGUUGUGGUGCACAGUCGACACAAACAGAUCAUGCACGAGGAGGAUGAGUCCAGGUUCCAGCAUUCUGGUCGAAUCUAUCAUCCUGUGAAGGUGGAAGAUCACGUUUUAUAGACUAUUUAGCUAGACCAGACUAGGUAGAUAUAUUGAAAACCAAUGUUACCAGUAUCUGUCGU